AUGAAUGCUCUAAUCCGCGAGAGCUUGUUUGGACGCCUCUUAAAUCUUGUGACCGGUAACAAGGCCUUGCCAUACUCUGAUCUUGAGACAUCUAAAUUCGAGACGCUGUCGACUUCAGCUACGUCGACCAAUUCGGUUACACCCGAGUCCAGCCAACAAGUUAUCGUUGAAUUCUCAGGCGACGAUGACCCGGAUAUGCCCAGGAACUGGCCACGGUUAUCGAAGACGCUCAUCAUGCUGGAUGUAAUGUUCCUGAAUUUCAGCUUCUAUGCCGCUUCGGCAAUUUUCACACCAAGCAUUCCCGGUAUCGAGGAUCAAUUCAGUGCCACGACUGCCGAAGGAACUCUGGGGCUAUCACUCUUUUUGUUUCCACUAUCAAAUCUCCCAGCCAUCGGCCGUUCACCGGUGUAUGUCCUGGGAUCUCUCAUCUUCUGUCUGUUAAACAUCGGAACGGCUCUUGAAAAGAACGUUGAGACUAUCCUCACACUUCGAUUUCUUGGUGGUUUCUUUGGAAGCGCCCCAAUAAGUGUUGGGGGAGCAACUCUGAUGGAAGUAUACGGCCCGGGUGAAGUGCCGUAUGCGAUUGCCUUAUAUGCAGUAAGCGGGGUUUGUGGGCCGAUUUUAGGACCGAUAUUCGGCACUCUAGUGAUCGAGCGUUGGCACACUUGGACAGCAAGUUUAUGGCUUCUUGCUGGAAUUACCGCUUUCACAACGUUGUUCAUCUUUUUUUUAUUACCGGAAACGCUGUCUUCUAACAUCCUUCUUCGUCGAGCGCAGCGUCUUCGUGCACAAACAAGAAAUCCUUUAUAUCGAAGCCAAUCUGAAAUGAAUGCACCAACAACGAGCUUUGGCGCGAUGCUUUUCGAGCAGACAGUGAACGAUCUUAAAAUAUCCUGCAUGGAUCCGGUGAUUAUUUUCGUGAACAUACACACCAUGCUGAUAUAUGGAAUUCUCUAUCUAUGGUUUGAAUUCUUUCCGUUUGUUUUUGACGGAAUAUAUCAUUUCAGUCCCGUACAACAAGCUCUUGCAUUUUUCGGUAUCCUAGUCGGCGCAGUCAUCUCCGUUGUGGCAUACGUGCUCUGGCUCCGAUUCUCCUACCAGCCUCGCGUAUCUAGGCCUGGAUCCAGUGUGGAGCCUGAAGCAAGACUAGUUCCAGGACAAAUCGGUGCAAUUUGCAUUCCAAUCUGUUUGUUCAUAUUUGCGUGGACAUCACGACCAAGUGUACACUGGGUUGUUCCAAUAAUCGGUACCGCUUUUUUUGCGCCAGGCUUUUACCUCACGUUUCAGUCUAUCCUCAGUUACCUCGGGCAAUCUUAUCCGAGACACGUUGCAAGUGUGCUUGCCAGCAAUACCUUUUUUAGGAGCUCAUUUGGAGGUGCAUUACCUUUGGCUGCCCCUCGGAUGCUACAGUCUCUUGGAAUUGGCUGGGCAUCCACUAAUAUGGAAAGGCACUACGCUCGUGGAGCAAAUUUGCAAACUAGGGCAUAG